AAAUCAUUACACAGCAAUUUUUUUUUUUUUUUAAAUAUCCCUCUACAAAUGUAAGAUAGAUGAAACAAGAACUAAAAAAACAGACAAGUAACGAUUGAAGAUUUCAUGUAUCGUCGUCGUCAUCAUCACCAGUUAUCUACUCAAAAUAUAGGUUGUCUUUAAUCAUUGUUUCUGGGUCUGGGUCGUGGUAUCAAACCCUUCUAAACUCACCCACCUUCAUUUCUCUUUCUUUAUCGUUUCAUCAGAUCCGUAUUUUAAACUUACAUUAAUCUCUUAUAUGCAAACCAUAGAUAGUCAACAACACCGUUUCUCUUACCACCACUCCAUAAGCCAAAAGGAACCCGUCUUGAAAGCCUUGAAAAUAUAGGGAAGACAGUAUGAACAACCCCCCUGAAACCGAAUCCACCACCACCAAUGGAGUCCAGAUCCGACAAUCACGAAGAUUGCCUGAUUUCUUGCAAAGUGUGAAUCUUAAGUAUGUCAAGUUGGGUUAUCAUUAUUUGAUAACUCAUUUGUUGACUCUGUGUUUUGUCCCUUUAAUAGCUUUUGUUAUUUUUCAAGCUUCUCAAUUGAACCCAAAUGACAUUCACCAGCUUUGGCUUCACCUUCAAUAUAAUCUUGUAAGUGUCAUUAUUUGUUCUGUUUUUCUUGUCUUUGGAGCCACGGUUUAUAUCGUGACCAGGCCCAGAUCCGUUUAUCUUGUUGAUUAUGCUUGUUAUAAGCCUCCAGCAAAGUUGCAAGUCAAAUAUGAACAAUUCAUGGAGCAUUCAAAGCUGACUGGUGAUUUUGACGAUUCUUCAUUGGAAUUUCAAAGGAGGAUCUUGGAAAGAUCAGGCCUUGGUGAAGAAACUUAUGCUCCUGAAGCUAUGCAUUAUAUUCCACCAAGACCAUCAAUGGCAGCAGCAAGAGAAGAGGCAGAGCAGGUGAUGUUUGGUGCACUGGAUGUUUUAUUUGCAAACACUAAUAUCAAGCCUAAAGAUAUUGGUGUUCUUGUUGUAAAUUGUAGUUUGUUUAAUCCUACACCAUCACUCUCUGCAAUGAUUGUUAACAAGUAUAAAUUGAGAGGGAAUAUUAGGACCUUUAAUCUUGGGGGUAUGGGGUGUAGUGCUGGGGUUAUUGCUGUUGACCUUGCUAAAGAUAUGUUGCAAAUCCAUAGGAAUACUUGUGCUGUUGUUGUGAGUACUGAGAACAUUACACAGAAUUGGUAUUUUGGGAACAAGAAGUCAAUGCUGAUACCUAAUUGCUUGUUUAGAGUCGGGGGUUCUGCUGUUUUAUUGUCGAAUAAAGCUAAAGACAGGAGAAGAGCAAAGUAUAAGCUUGUUCAUGUGGUUAGAACCCAUAAAGGAGCUGAUGAUAAGGCGUUCAAGUGUGUUUAUCAGGAGCAGGAUGAUGCUGGGAAAACAGGGGUUUCUUUGUCAAAAGAUCUCAUGGCAAUUGCUGGUGGUGCACUUAAGACUAAUAUUACAACCUUGGGUCCUUUGGUUCUUCCGAUUAGUGAGCAACUUUUGUUCUUCUCAACUUUAGUUGCUAAGAAAUUGUUCAAUGCAAAAGUGAAGCCGUAUAUCCCAGAUUUUAAGCUUGCCUUCGAUCAUUUCUGUAUUCAUGCUGGAGGGAGAGCCGUGAUUGAUGAGCUUGAGAAGAAUCUGCAGCUUUUGCCUAUUCACGUUGAAGCUUCCAGGAUGACUCUGCAUCGGUUUGGCAACACUUCAUCAAGCUCAAUUUGGUACGAGUUGGCUUACACCGAGGCAAAGGGAAGAGUGCGGAGGGGGAACCGGGUGUGGCAGAUUGCUUUUGGCAGUGGUUUCAAGUGCAACAGUGCAGUUUGGGAGGCUCUGAGGUAUGUUAAGCCAUCUACUAGUAAUCCAUGGGAGGAUUGCAUUGACAAGUAUCCAGUGCAGAUAGUCAUGUAGCGUGCUACAAUUUGGUUAUAGAUUCUUAAUUUGGAGAAGUGUCCUUGAUAGACUGGGCAGCAAUUACUCUGCUAUCUUUUUUUUCCUUUGUUAAUUUAUCGGGUUAGGUCAUGUGUGAUUUGGUUUUGAGAGUCAUAGUGUCUCUCCUAUUUGCUCUAGUAUCUUGGGUUAUAUUAAUGCCGAACCUCUUCUCUAGUGUCACUAUACUUUACUGCUCUGAUGGAUUUUAUUCUGAAUGUAUUCAAAUCAUUAUGAAGUCUUUAGUUUUCUUAAAGGCAUAUAAAAUCCAUGUUUAGACGAA